AUGCACAAGUUUAAAUUUUGUUAUUCAGACCAGGCACUUCAGCCUGAAUUGGGAAACUCCCACUCUGAUCCUAAGAAGCAUAUCAAAGAGGUCACUACUCAACAAUCUACCAUGUCUGGAAAGGAUAAAGCCACCUCCAGCAAUAAUGCCCAUUCUCCUGUAAGCAACAUCGAACUUCAGCCACCUGACUCUGCUGUUGAAGUGGUUGAAGAGAUAGUGACUGAAGAGGCAGUGGCGGAGCAAGACCCGUGGGAUCUGUCUGACUUUAGGGACUCAGGAAUCAAGUGGUCAGACAGAGACACGAAAGGGAAAAUAUUUGCUGUUUUCCAAGGGUUUGGAAAAGUGAUUCUCCUCCUGGGAUUUCUCUACUUAUUUGUCUGCUCCUUGGACAUUCUCAGCAGUGCUUUCCAGCUGGUUGGAGGAAAAAUGGCCGGAGAGCUUUUUAGUGAUGGCUCAGUGUUGAGCAACCCUGUGGCCGGCUUGAUGACUGGUGUGCUGGUGACAGUCCUGGUGCAGAGUUCCAGCACAUCCACGUCCAUCCUCGUCAGUCUGGUGUCUUCUUCAUUGUUGACAGUAAAGGCAGCAAUUCCCAUUAUCAUGGGAGCCAAUAUUGGGACUUCAGUCACCAAUACAAUAGUGGCCCUCAUGCAGGCUGGAAACAGGAAUGAAUUUCGAAGGGCUUUUGCAGGAGCUACUGUCCAUGAUUUUUUUAACUGGUUGUCGGUGCUGGUGCUGCUGCCCCUGGAGGUGACCACAAGCUACCUCUACCACCUCACCGAUGUCAUAGUGAAGUCUUUUCAUAUCAACAGUGGAGAUAGGGCCCCUGAACUCCUGAAAGUCAUCACCGUUCCCUUCACGAAACUCAUCAUCCAGCUGGAUAAAAAAAUCAUAAAUGAAAUUGCUACAGGAAAUGAGGCAGCAAAAAACAAGAGUCUGAUAAAGAUUUGGUGUAAAACUUUUAAAAAUGUGACUUUAAGCAACGUUACUGUUCCUUCACCAGAAAGUUGUACCUCUCCUAGUCACUGCUGGAGCGAUGGGAACAUGACCUGGACCCUCAUGAACACAACGUAUAGACAAAACAUUGCAAAAUGCAAACAUGCAUUUGUGGAUGUCAGGCUCUCAGAUCUGGGCAUUGGCCUCAUCCUUCUAGCCCUCUCCUUGCUGGUCCUGUGCACUUGUUUGGUCUUGAUUGUCAAGAUCCUGAAUUCUGGGCUCAAGGGACAAGUUGCUUCAGUGAUUAAGAAGACCAUCAAUACAGAUUUCCCCUUCCCUUUUGCCUGGCUGGCAGGCUACCUCGCCAUUCUUGUUGGAGCUGUGAUUACAUUUCUUGUGCAGAGUAGCUCUGUGUUCACCUCUACAAUCACUCCUCUAGUGGGCAUCGGUGUGAUUAGCCUUGAGAGAGCUUACCCUUUGACCUUGGGCUCCAACAUCGGUACCACCACCACUGCCAUCCUGGCUGCCUUGGCUAGCCCUGGAAACACUUUACAAAAUUCCCUCCAGAUUGCCCUGUGCCAUUUCUUCUUCAACAUAUCUGGGGUCAUUCUGUGGUACCCAUUGCCAUUCAUGCGCCUGCCAAUACGCCUAGCCAGGGGCCUAGGAAAUAUCACAGCCACCUACCGUUGGUUCGCCGUGUUCUACCUGAUCCUCAGCUUUUUCCUAUUACCCCUGUCCGUGUUUGGCCUCUCCCUGGCAGGUUGGCCUGUGUUGGUGGGUGUAGUGGCACCCAUCCUAUUGGUGUUGCUUGUGGUACUGCUCAUGCGGGUCCUCCAGGCCCGCUGCCCUCAUAUUCUCCCUAAGAAGCUUCAAAACUGGGACUUCUUGCCCCUGUGGAUUCGUUCUCUUCAGCCCUGGGAUAGGCUGUUGUCUCUCCUCAUGGGCAACUGGUGCCCACUCAGGUGCCCCUGGAGCUGCCACCACAAUAAGUAG